AUGAAAGGGACAUCGAAAGAGUAUGGAGGCGUUCUAAAGCAUUGGCCGGAGGUCUUUGCCAUGCCAGCCAUAUUGCCCCCGCCAUGGGUUUGGAAUCAUGACAUUAUUCACAAAGAGGGAACCUCUCUGAUCAACAUCCAACCGGUCUUAAACAGGGAGAUUGUGCCGAAUAGGUUCCCGAUUCCCGUAAUAGAUGAGCUGCUCAAUGAGUUGUAUGGAGCAACGGUCUUUUCUAAGAUAGAUUUGAAGUCUAGUUAUCCCCAUAUCCGUGUACGUGGUGAGGAUGUGCCGAAAAUGGCUUUCUGGACGCAUGUAGGGCACUAUGAGUUCUUGGUUAUGUCCUUCGGUUUAACCAAUACUCUGGCGAUAUUUCAAGCUCUAAUGAAUGAGGCCACGCCGGCUUCUUCAUGGGACGACUCCGUCGACCACUUGAGCCUCUCAUACGACAACGAGCCACUCGCCAUCGCGGAGUCCCACCUGUCGUUUUGGCAGUGCCCCGAAACCGGGUUCAAAGUGGAGAGAACUUCGAGCAAGAACAGUGUUCUGAUCACCAUCCCGGAGGUGGCCGAGAUCGCGGUCAAUGUUGUUCCGGUGACUAACGAAGAUGAUCGGAUUCACAACUAUCAGAUUCCUGAAAAUGAUUGCUUUGCCCAUCUGGAGGUGCAGUUUAGGUUUCAUGGAUUGUCGUCGAGAGUUGAGGGCGUGAUUGGGAGGACUUAUAGGUCGGAUUUCGAGAACCCGGCGAAGCCCGGGGUGGCAAUGCCGGUGUUGGGAGGCGAGGACAGGUACCGAACGACGUCGCUUUUGGCGGCCAAUUGCCGCGACUGUUUGUUCUCUGGCGCUGGGGUUUUGGCGGAGGAGCAGGGGGACAAGUUGGGGGUGGAGUAUGGGAUGUUGGAUUGCAGUGGGAGUGGCGCGAGUGGGAAUGGAAUUGUUUGCAGGAAAUGAUGUAAUAUGGAUCAGGGAAAGUUUUGUUAAUUUGAUCAUGGAAUAAUUGAAGUUCCGUCUUUAAUAAUUGAUGCGGAUUUUCAUCUCCAGUUUAAG